UGCCAGUGCCAGGCGCGCUUAUGAUCUGCCUCAACAGGAGUGUAGGAUGUUGACCUCUGGGGUACCCGUCGCUCCUCGCAUCCGACAGGACAGUGCCAGGAAAAUCCCUGUUGACUCCCCGGCGGCUCUCGGCCACUCUACAACGUUGUAUGACCUGCGGGAUAGAUAGCCCCCCUCAUCCUCGGGUUCCUCGUUUCGGCAAACCGGUCUCCAUCCCCCUCUGUUGAUCAAUCCGGAGAACCGCAGUGGAGAUGGCAUGGGCAGCAACAGUAAUGAGGGGCUCCAUGCGUGACCAAGUCGCACAAACACGACGACGCGAGUGACGGGUUAUUAUGCUUCUGAAGCUUUCAAUCACAAUGCAAAAGCAAGGCAGGGUGAGUCCCGCCCGAGGGACCGACACAGCCCGCUCUUAAGACGCAUCCUGGUACAGUAUAUCAUAAGCAGAGGUUUGACCGAGCCCAUUCUCCUCCUCCUCUUUGUAGUCCUUGAAUCAUCCACUGCAUCUUGACUCAAUCUCUCUUCGUUCGAGGCCAAACACUUGCAUUCUCCCUACCUAGCUUGCCAUUGUUCUCCCGUAUCUUCGGCCACAGCCUGUUAAGAGUCACGAACACCAGUUACUGCCACACUCCCAUCUUCCCGCUUGUGUACCUUACCUAGUCGUCAUAACGCACAGAAGACUCUACCUGGAGCGACCGGCCCUUCGUGGUUCCCAUCAUACAUAAAUACCUUUCCCCUACACUACAAUUCCGUUCCUGUCUGCGCCAUGGGUGAACCAACAAUGAACGCAGUCCGAUUCCACGGCCAACGCGACAUCCGCCUCGACCAGAUCCCCGUGCCAACCGUCAAAGAAGGCCAAGUGAAAAUCGCCCCGAAAUUCUGCGGCAUCUGCGGCUCCGAUCUACACGAGUAUCUAGGCGGAGCGAAUCUAAUCCCAACCAAAGACAACCCGCACCCGAUCACAGGCGAAACGCUCCCACUCACGCUCGGGCACGAAUUCAGCGGGAUCGUCGAAGAAGUCGGCAGCGGCGUGGACCACGUGAAACCGGGCGACCGUGUCUGUGUCCAACCGACCAUCUACGACGGGAGUUGUCGCGCCUGUCGUCGCGGGCUAGUCAACUGCUGCGACAAGAACGGAUUCGUCGGCCUCAGCGGCUGGGGCGGCGGGUUGAGCGAACACAUGGUCGUCCCCGCGAGCUGCGUCAAGCCGUUGCCGGAUAACAUCUCGCUCGAGGUCGGAGCCCUGAUUGAGCCGCUCGCCGUGGGCUGGCAUGCCGUCGACAUCUCGCCGUAUAAAAAGGGUGAUGCUGUCCUCGUGCUCGGCGGCGGGCCGAUUGGUCUGGCUGUCGUCCAGGCUCUGGUCGGUCGAGGCUGUGAGAAUAUCAUUGUCAGCGAAGUCAGUCGUCGGCGCAGAGAGUUUGCAAAGCAGUUCGGCGCCCAUCAUGUCAUUGAUCCUGUCAAACAGGAUAUUGUGGCUGAAGUUGAGAAAUUGACGAAUGGCGAGGGCGCGGAUGUUGGUUUUGAUGCAGCCGGGGUCCAGCCUGCUGUUGAUACUGCUCUUAAGGCUAUCAAGGCUAGAGGGACACUGGUUAAUAUUGCUGUGUGGGAGAAGCGCGCCACGUUGAAUAUGAAUGAUGUCGUGUUUAGAGAGAGGGGGUAUAUGGGGGUGGCAACAUAUGCACUCGGCGACUUUGAGUCUGUCAUCAAAGCCAUUUCGAGCGGUGCCAUGAAACCCGAAGGCAUGAUCACCAAGAAAAUCAAGCUGGACGAGGUCGCCGAGGAAGGGUUCAAGACUUUGAUUGAGGAUAAGGAGAACCAUGUCAAGAUCCUCGUCGAUGUCGGGGCGGGUAUUUGAGUUAAGGGUAUUGACCUGACAUUGAAAGGAAUCAGGAUGGGGUAUGGAGUGCUAUCGGGAGACAGUGUGGUGUGUCUACUGUGUGCUACAAAAAGGCCCAUGUCAACGAAAUAUUCAAGGUCAGAGAGUCCGUGCCUGGUGGGAGAGCCGGGAGGGCUUAGGGCCCCCAGCCAGCAUAAAAUGGAUGAUAUUGAUCUAGUAGUGGGAAUCAACACCUGGGCACUGGCAGUCACAGAUGGACGUCCGUCUAUUACUCGGUGUGCAGAAACAUCGUAGCAAGAAGUAGUCGAUACUAGUAGCCACCGAUGAUAAAAUGUGCAAAGAGCAGAAAAAAGGGCAAUGGUCCUCAGAUGAACAUACA